GAUAGUGGGAACAAACAGACUCCUCCUACCCACUCUUUCGUUCCCUCCACACCCACACACCCACGCGCACACACACGCACACAAACACGUCUCUCACUCUUGCAUGCUCUCUCCCUCCCCGGCCCGCUGUCAGUGUCACUCUGUAGUGGAGAUGUGGAGCGUCCUUCUGUCCCUCUGUCUCUUUCUCCGACCCAAUUCAGCUGAGGAAGUGAUGCUGCUGGACACAACGGAGUCGACCACCGAACUGGGCUGGACCACCUACCCGGACACAGGGUGGGACGAAGUGAGCGUCCGGGACGACCGAGGGAGGCUCAUCCGGGCAUUUGAGGUGUGCAACAUCAACCAGAAUUCCCGCACGAAGGACAACUGGCUGGCCACGCCCUUCCUGUUCCGCCACUCCGCCCCGCGGGUCUUUGUCACACUGCGCUUCUCCGUGCGGGACUGCGCCAGCCUGCGGAACCCGUCGCCCACCUGCCGGGAGACGCUCACCUUGUACUACAAGCAGGCCGACAGCCAGCGGGAACUGGAGAGGACUUGGGCGCCUGAGCCUUCGAGCGGUGAGAAGGAGAGCAGGGAAGGCUGGGUGAAGAUUGAUACCAUCGCCGCCGACAAGAGUUUUUCCAAGGUGGAGCCCAGUUCGCCACAUCAGUACCAACCCAACCGAUACAGUCGCAUCAACAUCAAGACACGCAGCUUCGCACCGCUUACACGCAAUGGAUUCGUCCUGGCCAUCGUGGACAGCGGCGCCUGCGUUUCCCUCAUGGGCGUGUCGGUCUUCUACCGCCGCUGUCCCGCCACCAGCCUCAACUUGGCGUCCUACCCGGCCACCCCCUCCGGUGCGGAGCCCACGGCUCUGGUGCCCGUGGCCGGCGCGUGCGUCGCCAACAGCAAGGCCCAAGGGGGCAGCGGGCCUCGCAUGCACUGUAACGCCGAGGGCGAGUGGAUGGUGCCGGUCAGAGGCUGCGUCUGCGACGAGGGCUAUGAAGCGAACCUGAAUGGAUCUGCCUGCUUGGCCUGCCCCGUGGGCUACUUCAAGCCCGCUUCGGGUUCCGCCCCCUGCUCGGUGUGCCCAGCCAACAGCCGCACCAGCCGAGAGGGCUCCAGCGUGUGCGAAUGUCGCAGCAGCUUUUACCGGGCGCCCGCCGAUGCCAACUCGUCCGCCUGCACAACUCCUCCCUCCGCUCCGGUGUCGUUGUCUUGGGAGUACGAAAGCGGCGACGGCGGGGUGUCUCUACGGUGGCGCCCCCCGGUGGACAUGGGAGGCCGCAGCGAAGUGUGGUACGGAGUGGUGUGUCGCAUCUGCCCCUCGCCCGCCAUCACCAACCCGGCCGUGUGCUCCUGGUGCGGCGAAGGCGUCGCCUUCAGCCCCGUCCAGACCAACCUCAAACAAACCAGCGUGACCCUCAACAACCUGCUCACCAGAGUCACGUAUCUCAUACAGGUGCAAGCCUUGAAUGAAGUGUCGGCGCUGAGCCCUUUCCCAGCUCGUUACACAAGCAUCAAUUUUACCACAAGCCAGUCAGUUCCCACUACGGUUCCCAUGAUGCACCAGCUGAGCCGGGCCCCGGAUUCCAUCACAUUGUCGUGGCCGCAGCCCGACAGACCCAACGGGGACAUCCUGGAGUACCAGCUCAGAUACUUUGAUAAGGGCUCGGACGUGGACAGUGCGCUCAGCGUGUACAGCGAGACCAACACUCUGACCGUCGGCUCUCUCACGGCGGGCUCCAUCUACGCCUUUCAGAUCCGAGCUCGCAACGAGCGAGGCUUCGGCCCCUACAGCAACACCGUCUACUUCACCACGCUGCCUCUUGAGGAACAUUCCCAGCAGGUCCAAAAUCAGCUUCCUCUGCUGGUGGGCUCGGUGAUGGGAGGGGCGGCGUUUCUGCUGGUGGUGGCGGCCAUCGUGGUGGUGGUGGUAUUCCGCAGUAAAAGGAGGGCGAGUCCGUACAGCGACAGACUCCAGAGGUACAUCAGUAACAGAGGUGGUGUGAAAUAUUACGUGGACCCCUCCACUUACGAGGACCCUAGCGAGGCUGUCAAAGAAUUUGCCCGGGAGAUUGACUCGACUCACCUGAGGAUCGAGGAGGUGAUCGGUGCGGCCCAGUUUGGGGAGGUGUCCCGAGGCCGCUACCGUCCGCCGGGGCGCCGGGAGGUGCUGGUUGCCGUCAAGACUUUGCGCUGGGGGGCGUCAGACAGAGAGAAAGGCAUGUUCCUGAGUGAGGCGGGGGUCUUGGGGCAGUUUGACCACCCCAACGUGCUCAAGCUCGAGGGCGUGAUCACCCGUGUCCCUCCGGCAAGGAUCGUCACAGAGUUUAUGGAGAACGGGCCCCUGGAUUCCUUCCUCAGGGAGAACGAGGGUCAAUUCAGUGUCCUCCAGCUGGUGGGGAUGCUGCGAGGCGUCGGCGCCGGGAUGCGUUACCUGUCGGAGAGGAACUUUGUCCACAGGGACCUGGCGGCCAGGAACGUGCUGGUCAACUCCAACCUGGUGUGCAAAGUGUCCGACUUUGGCCUGUCCCGUCUCAUGAGGGGCCUGGACCACAAUGUGCCAACGUACACCGCCUCCCUGGGGAGCAAGAUUCCCGUGAGGUGGACGGCACCGGAAGCCUUUCAGCAUCGCAAGUUCAGCUCGGCCAGCGACGUCUGGAGCUUCGGCAUCCUGAUGUGGGAAGUGAUGUCGUACGGGGAGCGCCCCUACUGGGACAUGAGUAAUCAGGAGGUGAUGAAGGCCGUAGCCGACCAGUUUCGUCUCCCCGCCCCCACUAGCUGCCCCUCGGCCCUCCACUCGCUGAUGCUGCAGUGCUGGCAGGCCGAGCGAGGGGACCGGCCGGGCUUCGAGUCCAUCCUGUCCUCCCUGGACCGCCUCAUCAGGCAUCCCGCGUCCCUCAAGACGGACGUAGUGCGAAGCUGCUCGCAGCCGCUGCUAAGCCCCACCCCCACAGAUUUCUCCUCGGUGGCCACAGUCGGCGAUUGGCUACGGGCACUGAGGAUGGAGCGAUAUCAAGAUGAGUUUGAUCGAGCGCAAUUGGACACGUUGGAUAGAGUCAGCCGCCUCACCGUGGAAGACAUCCAGAACCUUGGAGUGAACCUGCUGGGUCACCAGAGGAAAAUCUUCAACGCCGCCCAGCAGCUCAAGGCCCACCUGACUCAGGGCCAGGUGGAGGUGUGACUGCAAGCGCGCUGAAGGCCACCAGCCUGGACUCCUGCUGACUUUUGCCACUGCAUUCAAAGACAUAUCCGGGGGACUGAUAUGACGGAAGACGCAGUCCGGCGAGGCCCGAGAAGACUGCGGCGACGUGUUUCACGUUAAAUUUGACCUGAUUUGUUGCCUGCCUUCUCCAUCCUUCCUCUCUUCCUUUCACUGCCCCGUCCGUAUGCAGAACACUGUCGCUCUUCUUUUUACCUUCUUUAUUUUCAUCAUAUACCGGUGGACUUUACUCCGAACAAAGAAUUGCGGCGAGACAAUGAAAAAGUAUUUUUGGGCUGUGUGUGAAAUGAUGUCACCAAAUCCUGGACAGUGUUGCUGCCUUUCACGUUGCUUUAAUUCUCCCAAGUCGCACCCGUGGCCAGACCGCAGUCACGUCACUCUCACUUUUGAGCGACAAAAACAGCAAUUUUUUUGGGGUGUUAAACACAAACAAGCGUUUGCCCGUGAGAGGAGCGGCACCCCCACAAGCUUUUGUACUCCAUAGAAGUCACACACUUCACUUGGUUUCCAUUUUGACUGCAGGCACUAAAACACUGAGAGCUCUGUGAUCGUGUGACACUAUCGGAUCGGACCAACACUUGAAGGGAAUGUCCGCGGAUGCGGGUGUCAGUUUACACAUAAAUAGCUGUGUUUACAUGUAUGAGUGUUCACCACUAUUCCGUAAUUGUGAAACAUUUGUAAAAUAAAUGAAAAGAUUUUAUUUAAUUUA